CAGAAAUGGACUUAUUUCGCUUUUUUAAGUUGAACAACAUUUUAUUGCAUAAGCCGAUUGAACAGAUCACCAAAUAAAAUCACAUCAAUAAUACAACAAAAUCAUAAAAAAACAAGAUGGAAACACACACCAACGUUGUGUUGCUGAGGAAAGAGGUUGUAACGGAUUUUGGAACUUUUGCUUAACUGGCACUUCCCAUAACUUCCACGCAAAAUCCUCAAUGAUCCCAAACUGAUCGACUCCGACCCUUAUGAAAUUUUUUUUUGCUAUAAAUUCCGGGCUUCUGACACAUAAUUUUCCACACUACCCACUCAUUUAUACUUUACUCUGUUUUUUUUUUUUUUUUCAAGUUGAUCAUGGCGAACAAUGUUUCAAUUACAUUCAUCACUCUGGUUUUCGUGUCUGUGGCUUUUCUUGCAUUUGCUGAAGGAAGCAGUUCCGACGGCGGAAGCUCAACCCUGAAGGAAUACAUGCGUAAGUUCCGGCAGGGGUCAAUCUCCGGCGACGUCCAGGAAGGAAGGAAGCUGCUGUAUAAGCCGGUAAGCGAGCCGACUCCCGGCGGGUCUGAAUCGGUCAACCACGAGGAGGCCGGGAUUUACCAUACGGCAAGCGAGCGGUACCCAGAUCAAGAUAGCUACCACCCCCAGGAGGCUGCUGAAUCCGCCCACCAUGAGGCCGGAAUUUACGUCCCACGCAAACCACCAAAGUAGGCCGGAAAAUUUUCUGCCUUGUCAUUGUAGCCCCAUAUCUUCUCUAUAAGAUCAAUUCGUACGGGCAAUAUGAAUUAUGAUAUUAAAACGAAAUUAUGUUUACUUCUGUUAUUACCAAAAUCUACUUCAAUGCUAGCUACUAGGUUGGCAACCUAUGUUGGAAAGACGAGAAUUACGAAAAGCUAGGAAAUCAAUAUUUCAUUUUCAAUGGUUAUGAGUUGAUUUUCUUUCAAUACGAUGAGGAGAAGUGAGCCUAAAAUCAUUGAAUUAUACUAUAUCUUACGUUGUUAUUAAUAAGUAACACCACCAACAACCAACCCCCAACCCCCCC